AUGUGCUCCAGACAGAGCUCCGGAGGCUGCCAUGGGAGCUCCUCCCAGGCCAGUGGAUACCACAGCAGCAGCUGCUGCCAUGGGGGCAGCUCCUCCAGCUACCAGGCCCAGGGCUCCUCCUGCUGUGGGGGCUCCUCUGGCUACGGCAUGGGAGGAGGCUCCAGCGGCGGAGGAUCAGCCCAGAAGAUCAUCAUCAGCUCUGGGGGAGGAGGAGGAGGAGGAGGAGGCUCCUCAGGCUGCUGUGGUGGGGGAUCCAGUGGGGGAUCUUCAGGAGGGAAGAUCAUCAUCGGGGGUGGAGGUGGUGGAGGCUCCUCUGGCUGCUGUGGUGGAGGAUCCUCAGGCUAUGGCAUGGGAGGAGGAUCCAGUGGAGGCUCUUCAAAGAGUAUAAUGGGAGGGGGAGGUGGUGGAGGCUCCUCUGGCUGCUGUGGUGGAGGAUCCAGUGGGGGAUCUUCAGGAGGGAAGAUCAUCAUCGGGGGUGGAGGUGGUGGAGGAUCCUCUGGAUGCUGCAUGGGAGGAGGGUCCAGUGGUGGAUCUUCAGGAACAAAGGUCAUCAUUGGAGGUGGAGGAUCCUCAGGCUAUGGCAUGGGUGGGGGAUCUAGUGGUGGAUCUUCAAAGAGCAUGAUGGGAGGGGGUGGAGGAUCCUCUGGAUGCUGUAUGGGAGGAGGGUCCAGUGGUGGAUCUUCAGGAACAAAGAUCAUCAUUGGAGGUGGAGGAUCCUCAGGCUAUGGCAUGGGAGGAGGAUCCAGUGGAGGUUCUUCAAAGAGCAUGAUGGGAAGGGGAGGUGGUGGAGGCUCCUCUGGCUGCUGUGGUGGAGGAUCCAGUGGGGGAUCUUCAGGAGGGAAGAUCAUCAUCGGGGGUGGAGGUGGUGGAGGCUCCUCUGGAUGCUGCAUGGGAGGAGGAUCCAGUGGUGGAUCCUCAGGAACAAAGGUCAUAAUGGGAGGUGGAGGUGGGGGAGGCUCCUCUGGCUGCUGCAGUGGGGGCUCCUCAGGCUAUGGGAUGGGAGGAGGGUAUGGUGGUGGUAGUGGAGGGUCUGGCCAGAAGAUCAUCAUCAGCUCUGGUGGUGGAGGAGGAGGAGGAGGCUCCUCAGGCUGCUGCAUGGGAGGAGGAUCCGGUGGGGGCUCCUCAGGAGGCAAGAUCAUCAUUGGAGGUGGAGGUGGUGGUGGAGGAUCCUCAGGCUGCUGUGGUGGAGGAUCCAGUGGUGGUUCCUCAGGCCACACAAUCAUCAUCAGCUCUGGUGGGGGUGGUGGAGGCUCCAUGCAGCAGAAGUGUCCCAUUGUGGUCCCCAGCAUGGGGUCCCACCAGAGCAAGCAGCCCUGCAGCUGGCCCUGCAGCCAGCAGAAGUAA